CUUAGUAGCGCUUGCUAUCUAGUGGUCUAGAUCUAUUGAAAGUUAAAAUCUAAUUUAGAUGAUUCACACUCAUUGUCUUAGACUUUCUUCGACGGAGAUAGACCUUUACAUUCCUAUUUAUCCAUGAGAGUUCUGUGAACAUUUGGAACAGUCAGCACAAUCAGGUGAGAAAUUAAGACGGCAUCAGAGUCGACCAUGAAUCUGGGCGAAAGAAAAGGCGAAACUUCGUACGACAACAGUCUCCUCUACGCGGGAUUCAACCAAGAUAAUGGAUGUUUUGCAUGUGGAAUGGAGUCUGGUUUUAGAGUCUACAACUGUGACCCUCUGAAAGAGAAAGAGAGACAAGAUUUUACCGAUGGUGGAGUUGGGCAUGUCGAGAUGCUGUUUAGAUGCAACUACCUUGCAUUGGUAGGGGGUGGCAAGAACCCACACUACCCUCCUAAUAAAGCUAUGAUCUGGGAUGAUCUGAAGAAGAAACAUGUGAUUGAGCUGGAGUUCUCCAGCGAAGUCAAGAGUGUACGAUUAAGAAGAGACAGGAUAGUUGUGAUCUUACAGUCUAUGAUCAAGGUCUACACAUUCACCCAGAACCCUCAACAGCUCCAUGUCUUCGACACCUGUAUGAACCCUAAAGGUCUCUGUGUUCUGUGUCCAAACAGCAACAACUCAUUGCUUGCCUUUCCAGCUACAAAAACUGGCCACGUACAGAUUGUUGAUCUUGCUCAGACAGACAAACCUCCUCUCGAUAUAACAGCACACGAGGGCACCCUAAGCUGUCUGACGUUCAACCACCAAGGAUCAAGAUUAGCGACAGCAUCGGAUAGGGGCACAUUGAUCAGAGUCUUUGACACAAGUAAUGGCCAGCAACUCCAAGAGUUGAGGAGGGGAUCAGGAGGAGCUCAAAUAUACUGUAUUAAUUUCAACCAGGACUCAACCCUACUGUGUGUAUCAAGCGACCAUGGAACCAUUCAUGUCUUUGCAUUAGAGGCAGACGCACAGAAGAACAAGAAAUCACAAUUAGCAUCAGCCAGUUUUCUGCCAAAGUACUUCAACUCCUCCUGGAGUUUCUGUAAAUUCCAGGUCCCAAAUCACGCCCAGUGCAUCUGUGCCUUCGGUUCCGAUCCAAACUCGGUUGUAGCUAUCUGUGCCGAUGGUAGCUACUUCAAGUUUGUGUUCAACAGUAAGGGAGAAUGCAGCAGAGAUGUCUACACAAGAUUCCUUGAGAUGACCGAUGACCAUAGCUGAGACCCUUCUGUUUCCUGUUGACCGGUCUUGAUGGUCAGUCACAUGUCCAGUCUUGGUGUGUCGUUCCAUGUAUGAUAAACAUUGAAGUUGAUAAUCAGUGCAUCGGGAAGAAUAUCUCACAGGGUGAAUGUCACCAAAUUGAAUAUUCUUUCCACUGCAGGAGGGAUUAACACUCCAUAUGUUUUACAGGAUAUUUUAUACAUCCAUCCAUUGUCUCACAAAUUUAAGCAUCUUACUUUAAUGGAAUAUAAUGUGAGAUGGAAAUAUUACCGUACUUUGCCCCUGAAAUUUGUUCCCACUUAAGAAUUAUACUUGCUUCCAGAUUAUUGUCCAUUAGGAUCAAUUAUUCCAUUUGUCGCUUAGCUCAUCCUUAAAGGAUGAGUGCAGAUUAGGGGUGUGAUUUCAUCUUCAAGGGGGGGGGGGAGACAAGUAACAAAUAAUCCUAUACAAAUAUUGCAUAAAGUUAUCCAGACAAAGAAACACAUGGUGUGCCUAAAUAAACAUGAAAUAUGGUUUACUGCCUAUACAUUUUUUUAAAGAGCAUACUAAUUUGAUUUGCCAGAUGCUCGAAUGGGUUGCCAGAAAUGCUCUCAUGGCUUGUAAAAUUUGCAUUUUGCAGACUCCUGUUAUUUUCUUGAAUGAGACUCGCCUUACCAAUGCCUCUUGCAUUAUAUCGUUGAUGGGUUUGUGUAAUAGGGUCUUGGUAAUUAGAAGAAAGGAAAAAAAAAAUUACAAAAUCAGCAGCUUCAUUUUGUGUGAACAAGAGGGUUUGCUGCCAAUGUGAUAGGAAAAGUUGUCUCUCGAUAAAGAGAAUUUUAAUGAAAAAUGAAUAUUCUGGUAUUUUUGGUUACUUGAUGGUAAUAGGGGUGAAGGGUUGUUCGGAUAUUGAGGUGUAUGUGAAAGAACCAAUGCAGGUUUUCAAAGAGCGUUUCAUAAUCUGGAACCAUCCAUAUGUAUACAGAUGACUGUGAAGACUUCUGGACAGUCACUGAACAGAUUCUUGCAAUUCCAAGAUAUCAGGGCCCGUUUCAUAAAACUUGCGUCAGUGAGAAAUGACCGUUGUUUGUUAUAAGCCAGUGAAAUCCUUGCUUCUGAUUGGUUAUCAGCAGACUUGUCAGUGAUUUUUGUCAUGUGUCAUUGAAGAAAGGCUUUGUGAAAAGGGUUCCUGAACUACCCCAAAUUCCAUGAUAUAAGAAAUAUCCAAGUACGAUAAACAAGGAAAUAAUAUGAAUCUUUAUUGUGUUGUGGUACAAAGAAAUUAUUUGAAAGGAAAAUAAUAUGAGUUAUAUGUAUGAUACGGUAUUUCCUACUUAAUUAUUCAUAUUCCUUCAUAAUAAAUUUUUCAAAAUUUGCUGUACAUAUAAGUAAUUUUCUUUUAUAUUUUUAUAUCGAUGCCAUUUAGAAGACCACAAUGUUCUUGGUUGACUAAUCUCUCAGCCAAAGUGUCCUCUGUAUUUUUUGUUUGUUCAUUGUUUGUUUUUUAUUGUUUUUUUUUUACUUGAGGGGAAAAAAUGUUUUUUAUGAAAACAACAGUAUUGAUUUUUGACAUUAUUAUAAUUCAUUUGGUUAUUUCUACUUUUUAUUUUGUGUGAUUGAGGGUUAAAUACUUGGUUCGUGAUAAUGGAGUUUAAAAUGGACGGUUGCAUAAGAGUACCCUUUCAUGCAUGUAUUUUGCCUUUGGCUUCUUGUUCAAUAUUUGUUCCAUAAAAAACUAGUAAAAGAUGAAUAUCACCCCAUUUCCUUCCAAAUAUCAACUACGAUGAGUUUGAAUUAUAAUUUGAGUCACAUUCACAAUUUAACUUGUGUCAGCGUAUGUUUCAUGGUCUCUUUUAUAUAUCUCUUCCUUCCACUAUAACAACCUAACAUGUCAUAGGUCAUUCCAUGGUUUUUUAAAUUAAAAACAAAUAUUAAUAUCGUUUGUAGAUGAUGGCUUUAUUGCGCUCUUAAAAUGUGCCUUGAUUUUUUUUUUUCAUGUUCGAUCUUCAACAAAGAGAGUUGUUUUCAGAUUUGUUCAUUUAAUGGACAAACUUGUCAAAAUAAUUAUUGUAUGCUGGACUGCUGCAUCAUAAGUUACAAUAUGUUCAAUUUAGGCACAUAAAUUACGGUUACUCUGGCAGAAAAUUCAGAAAAUUUUACUCUUUAAGAUAUUGAUUCCUUUUGUUUUGCCAGUACGAACACACAUGUCCCAUUCAUCUACCAGCACAGCUUCCCAUUAUACUUCAAUUUAAUUGUGAGAAAUUCAAUUAUUGUAAUAUUUGCCAUUGUGACUUCACUUUGGGAAGUAUUUCAUGUGCAGCGAGAUGCAUGCAUUACUAAUCAGUGUUUGUGGUUCUGGUACUUUGUGAGCAUGGGCAGCAGUAGCGAUUAAACAUUCUCUCAAGUUGAUAUAACAGAUAUUUUAAAACUUUAAUAUGAACCAGCAAAAUAACUGAGUGAUGAGCUAUGUGGCUCUGGAAAACCACCAAAAAGGCUGUGUUAAACGUAAAAAGAGCUCUGUAUCACUGCAAGCAAAUCCCACUCGUAUAACACUAAAUCCUAAAAUCGUUUCUACAAACAUUAAAGUCAAUUUUACCCUGAUAUGAACACGUACAAGAAACUCUAAGCAUGUUGCAGGAAUCAACUUUACUGAAAUAAUUGCCAGUGUGACUGCAACUACUGAGGAUUGCAUUGUUACGACAAUACCUAGAUGCUGUUGUACCCAUCCUCUUUCUCUUGGUAGUGCCCUUUAUAUUGUUGGUUUUGUUAGAUAACUUGAUUGAAGGCUUACAAUUUCAUGCAUUGCCAGUAUGUAUUAAUGUUUGUUUCAGUGUACAUAUUAGGGUAUCAACAGAAAGAAGAAAAAAUCUAUGAAACAGUAAAUAUACGGUUGAUAUUCAUAAUACAGUUAGACCUGUCUUAAAGGCCACUUCUCUAUAAAGACCACCUGUCUAUAGUGGUCAUCUAUAAAUAAUGUCUCCCUCUAGGAAGAAAUAUGCAUUGUAGAAUCUCUCUAGAAGAACCACCUGUCUACAGUGGCCAGUUUGCUUGUUUCCCUUGGGUGGCCUUUAUAGACAGGUUUGACUGUACUUCUAAUAUGACAGGGAAUACCAGAAUUACUUGAUCAGUAGCAACCGCAAUAUGUGAAUGAUCAUGGAUGCUCUGGAAACGCCUAGAUUGACUAAAAAUGUUUGGAAAAUUUAAUCAAGACUUCCAUGGGAAACUACUUUCAAAAGAGUAGAUACACAGAAACAGAUAAACAAAUAAGUAUGAAUGGAAUAUUGUAAAAUUAGAAAAAGUUUCAUAUAUGUUGUUUCAUCUGCCUAUAAUACCAUCUAGAGGUGUCGUGGUCGUGGUGUGGAUAUGUCAUCGGACUGUGCAUCACAAGGUCCGCAGUUCAAGUCCCGCCACAGCACUAAUGUCAAUUGGCGAGACAUUAAUCUACAUUUGCCACACUCAACCCAGGUGAGGCUAAUGGGUACCUGGUAGGAUUAUUCCUUGAAAUUCACUGUGCGCUGAUAAUGGCUGCUGGAGCUAAAGCUAGGGUAAUAAUUUCCAAAGCUCUUUUGAAGCGCAUAUAGAAGUUAUAUAAUGUGACAUGCGCUAUACAAGAACGGAAUAUUAUUAUUGUAAUCUGUUAGGGGCCAGAAGGGCAUCAAUUAGUAUAUUUUAUUAACACAGAGUUAAUGCCCCUCUAGGUCUGGGCAGCCACUGGUCAAGAUGAGUUAUGAUUUUCAUUUUUUUAAAUAGAAAGUUCAUUAUACAAUGCUUUAUUUUAGAAGUAUGCAAUCGGUUGUUUGAUCAAUUUCUUGAAUACUCCCAAAUUGUGUUUUGUGUUUCUAUGCUGUACGAGUAAUCCUUUUCAAGAUGAAUCUUUACGGUGCCCAGCAAAUAUCGACAUUGAUAUCUUAAUAAUUAUGUGAAUCAGUUUUCUUUUAAGUAAUUUUCGUUAAAAACUGAAAGAAAUUGCAUUCAUGGCAAAUUUGUAGUUCAUUAAUAGAUAUUAUAUUUCAUAACCAGACAUUUAUGUAUCAGAUUGUAUUAUCAAUGCUACAUUAAUGUGGCAGAUCUGUUAAGAGUACGCUAUAAUGGGCAUGUACAUGUAUGUAGAUAAUAAUUAUAUAGAUUCAGUACUUAGAUUAUUAUAAAUUUACAAGGAUAUUUUCCAGCUAUUUUCUCUUUCUUCCCCUGUCAAUAUAUCAUUUUGUCAUGGUUUUAUUUUUCGCUUAUUCCUUAAAAUAAUCAUAUUAUGUAUUGUUCCAUUCUUGCUGUAUGAAAAUUCACAUUUUACCCCAUUUCUUCCUUUUCAUGAGAAGUCUCAUUUAUGCAUUGUGCAGUAUACUGCCUCAUAGAAGCUGCAACAGCAAAGUAAGACAAAUUUUAUGUGUGAAUAAAUGACAAAUGGGGGUGAAAAGAAAGUUAAGUAGCUAAUCAACUCACUUACCUGUUCGUUGUAAGAUACCGAAAUAUGAAGUUCGCACUGCCCAAGUAAUUCUAUUUUGAUGUGGGGGUGUUUUAAGGUUGUAUACAGUACGAGGCUUAUAACUUUACAUUUUAUUCCGACUUUGCUUAUACCACAUUAUUUCUUAAUAACUUUGAAAACAAUAACAUUGAGCAGUAUGAAUUUAAUAGUAUGUACAAUAAAACUUGUAAUGAAAUAUGAUUGUAAAUAUGAUGCAAAGAAGAAAAAACAAACAUUUCUAGCCUUA